GGAAUCCGGAGUUGGUGAGGCUGGUUGGUGAAGAUGGCAGCAGGGAGAUCUGAGUGUGAGGUGAUCCGAUCUGGCUGAUGGAGCCGUGAUGCUGACGUCGCCGACUGGGAAGAUGCUGGCCUUCUGCCACCUCUCUCAUGGGGAACCGGAGCUGACCUUUUGCCAGGAUGGAGGUAGCCCCGUCUGGCUCGCUGAGGCUCUCGGAACCUCACAGGAGGGGGACGCCUCUGCCCCUGAGCCAGCUGGUGGAGGAAACCAGAAGCAGAGCCAGCGUCCCCAAUCAUCUGCUGGAAACAAAAAUCUACGCCAAACUGAAGAGCAACAGUCAGAUCCAAGCAGAUCCUGCAGAGCUGCAUUUCACCAGCUUUGAGUUGGGAAAGAAUUACACUAAGAUCCUGAAAUUAAUCAACAUCUCAUCUGAAGUGAUUAAUAUUCAUAUAAUUCCAACCCUGACAAAGUAUUUCCAUACAUCUUACACCAAAAAGUGUCGGCUCAUCCCAGGCCUCUCCUACACCCUGAAGGUUGCCUUCUGCCCAGACGAGUGGCGCUACUUCUACGACUGCAUCCGUGUUCACUGCAAGGGGGAGGAGAACCUGUUAAUUCCAGUUCAUGCUUACCCUGUCAUCGAUGACCUGCACAUCCCUCCUCGCAUCGACCUGCCAGCUGUACCGCUCGGACAAAGUGUUCAUCAUUCAAUUCCCAUGAGAUGUAGCUGUCCAAUUGACUUUGAGUUUGAAGUGUUCAUCAUUCAGCCACACCAAGCCUUCUCCAUCCACCCCCUCAAAGGUGUGAUUCCAGCCAAUGGAGAAGCGACGCUCACCGUGAUUUUCUGUCCUCUCCAGUAUGAGACGUCUCAGUUCACCUUCCAGCUGGUUGUCUCACAGUUCAACACCAAGCCAUACCUGUGCACCAUCAGCGGGAGCUCAGCCCCUCAUUUAGCACGCAGCCAUUUGGACCGAAAAGCAGACGAUGGUGCUUCAGUCCCUGCAGAACACAAAGGACGUCCAGCUCCUGCCUACAGAGCUCCUGGAAGUAAAGGCAGGCGGAGUUCAAACAAGGAGGCUGACAAAUCAAAGACAGUUAAAGAUAAGGUGGGCGCUAAGCAUGGCCAACCACCUUCAAUGGAUGCCUGUACGCCUGCAGGGGUGGCAAAGAUGCUUAUCAAAGACAUCAAUAAACUCAAUACAAAAGCCUUAUCCUGUGGCAGUAUGAAAGCGAAGCAAAGCAGGCAGAUGAAAGAGGCUCUCUUCAUGAAAAAGGUUCAAGAAACUGCGAAUGAGGAACAAGAAAACCAGCUCAGAUGGCAGGUUCAUCCAGGUAUGGAGCCAGUGUCAGAGCAAAGGCAGAGGCAGAUACUGGAGGACAGAGAGUCGGCUCUGCAUGAAUACAAGGUCGAAAAGGAGGAUGAGACGCAAGAUGAAGACAUCACUCCUGAACAAACCAAGCUUUCCUCCAGUCGGAUGCUUCAUGAUGCAAAACAGGAUCCAGACGGAGAACCAGUCUUCCAGCUGCACAUCGAUAUUAACUUGGAACUGAGACAGAGAGCCCUCACACUUUUUCAGCAGGCAGCUCGAAAGGUUGUGAUUCGAUGCCGGAUGCAGCGCAGACUGACCUCGUUGAAGAAACUGGCUGAUGUUAAGGAUAAAACAUGUGAUUUAUUGUCUCCUGACAACAUAUUACCACAGUUCCCCACUGAGAACAAUCCCAUGGCUCUCAGGAAUUUGGUGGCGUUGCCUGUGGAUCCUAUUGAUGUGACGGUGACAGCACACAUUCCUUUCUUCAAGCUCCAGGUUCCCCAGCACUAUCAGCUCAUGGCUUACUGGCCUGUGUCUGCUUGGGAAGCUUUUAACUCCUGUAUACCCACAACACUGGCCAGACCUCUUCCUGCUGGAGCUCCGGAAGCACAGGAGCCUGUUGAAGACAAAGAUGAAAUUAUUGGAACGAAGAACGUUAAAGUUGAGCUGAAUGAAGAGGAGCCUGUAGCAGCAAAGGAGACUGUUGCAUUCUCCUUCAGCGCUCCUGCAGAUCUGCUCAGGCCUAUUCCUGCAAACCCUCUCAGGAUCUUUAAUCCAGCCCCGGGUCUUCGGAUUUAUAAACCAAAGCCCAAAUAUCUGGAGAGUGACUUGGAGAUUCAUCUCUGUCCCCUGCAGAGGUAUGAAGUCUUUAAGAGCAGCUCUUCUGGCUUCACGACACGCCCUCCACAACCUCAGUUUCUCCAUCAUGAGGAAGUGAUUGUAAAAUGGAGGAAAUCAGAUUCAAACUCUUUAUUUUCCGACUCCAACUCACUCCCCACCAGUUCUCCUCGAAGGUCCGUGGAUUACAACACAGACAUCCUCCCUCUCUCUGCACCUCCUGCUGCCUUCCCUGAUGAGCCUCCUGCUCUGCCAGAGUCCUGGUGUGAAGAUUCGGGGAUCCAGCUGACACCAGAGAUGAUCAGAGCCGAGUUCCUCGUGAGGAAAGCUCCUGUCUCCAAUAGCAACCUCCCUGCACCAAAAAGGCCAGCCUGGAUGUGACCCCGAGGUCUGAGAUCAACCAGACGCAAACAAGACAGAUGGCCAGACUGAAGAAGCUUGAAGGAGAGGAACGUGAAUAGGCAAUACCACUGCGCACACACACACACAUCCUCUUCAGGAAUAAACACUACUGCUUUCCUCCGGAGGCACAUUAUUCAGCAGCCAUCCUACUCAACCCCAUGCAAGACUCUCCUUUGUCUGUUUUUGCAACUUCUGUGAAAUGGAACCUAGUUAGUUUCUCGCCCACCUGUAAAGCUUCUUCCUGCCCACUCAAAAUUGCCUAUAAGCCUCCCUUCUGAGCUCUCAGAAAGGCUGGGACUGUGUUUUCCCUCCACCUACCUCAUCCGUAUCUGUGUGCAGCAGAGAAUCCGCCACAGUAUGUUCCUAAAAGCUGCACUUCAUCUCUGACAGCAUGGUUUUGGUAUUGACUGGACUGUUACUGAUUUAAAUGCAAAUGAAAGCCAAAGAAUUUCACUCUCUCUGUAGGUCUGACAAUGAGUCCUAAUUGAGGUUUUGUGUAUUGAGACGAUUCAGCUUUUAAUUUGCCCUGCAGCUCGCUGAUUUGCAGCCAUCCGGGGACUGAGUAUUACUCCAUCGUUAAUUAGAGACAUCAGUUUAACAUUCACACUUAUGCGGUUGUAAAAAAAAAAAAAAAGGAAAAAGGAAAGCAACCAAGUUAAGGAUUUAAUUAUCAAAAGAGCUGACAAGCUGCGAAGUCACCGGAUAUAAUCAAGCUCUGCGCACGCACCACCUACCACCCAUAGAGGGAGCUCCAGCUCUAUGCCUCUUGACUUACAGCAGCAGUUACCUCAUGUGUUUGUCCAUCAGUGAAUGGGUGUACAGUCACUGAUGGCAGGGGGGCUGGAGAAAAAAAAAGUGGCACAGAAUUGCUUGUUUGUUCUCCCUUUUAUAGAUGCACACAAAGUCACACCAGAAGGUCACAACAUUCGGUUGGACCCAAAGAGAAAUCCAGAAACAUUUAUGAAUAUUCUUUCAGAUUACAUUAAGGAUAUUGGACAAUUGUGCCUUUUUAAAGGGACAAUGCUCUUUUUUUGGCUGCCAAUGACAAACCAGCAAAGAAAUGCUCUAUUUCAUUAUUAACAUUUACAAAUGUGUGUGUGUUUUUUUUUUUUUUGCUUCUUUAGUUUCCUAAAAAAUAGAACAUAACAGGAACCAAGAUACAUAUUUCAAUAGAAACACAAAUGCUCUGUAUUUUUUAAUCAGGAGGACGUAGUAUCAGCAAGUUCUGUGUCCACCUGAAUCCUCCUGAACCACAGAGUUUAAUUAUUUUGAUUUUCAUCAACCCAGAUCUGAAAGGUGCGGUGUACAUUUACUUUCAGAAUGUGACUAAACCAAGCUUUCAUUGCCAUUACUACCAGUCUUUGGGGUGUGACGCUGCCACCUUUUCACAU